AUGGCGACAUCAACAUUACCACAGCUUCUGGAGUCGCUCCAGAAGUCUGUCGUCUCCGUGUCCGAUGCGACCCCGAAGCUGUCGGCCCUCACGCCGCCCGAAGACGGCCUUUCGCUGCUCGACGUCAAGAACGAACUUCUCCUCAGCUACCUCGAGCACAUGGUCUUCUUAAUACUGUUGAAGCUGCGCAGAGUCGCUUCUUCGUCUCCAUCCGAUUCCGAUGCUGAUCUGAGCCUCGAGACCUCCGAUUUGGGCCAAUCCGUGGUCAAGAAGCUUGUCGAGCUGCGUCUCUACCUCGAAAAGGGCGUCCGGCCGCUCGAGGAGAAGCUGCGCUACCAGGUCGAGAAAGCACUGCGGGCCGCCGAAGAGGUCGAGCGUAGGGCAAAGCAAAAGACAGACGAGGCCGAGGCGGCUGCCGCAGAGUCCGACUCGGGCUCGGACUCCGACUCCGACUCUGGUUCUGGAUCGGACGCGGAGGAUGACGAAGACGAGGACGCUGCAUUCGGUAACGAGGAAGAGGUGUCUGCCAGCCGGCCGAAUCGCAGCGCGUUUGUCCGCCCGGCCACGUCGACGGCUGCCGCCGCGGCUGCCAAGGCCAAGGUGGGCGGCAGCGGCGCCGAGGCCGACAGCAGCAGUGGCGGCGUCUACCGCCCGCCCAAGAUCGCACCGACCAUGAUGCCCACAACCGAGCGCCGCGAGAAGCGCGCCCGCGGCCCGCUCAAGUCGGCGACCAUGGACGAGUUCAUUGCCGACGAGCUGUCGACGGCGCCCAUUGCUGAGCUCAGCGUCGGCGCCAACAUUGCCGGCCGCGGCCGCCACAUGACGACGGCUGCAGAGCGCCAGCGCGAGGAGGAGCGCCGCGAGUACGAAGAAGCCAACUUUGUGCGCAUGCCCAAGGCAAGCAAGAAGGAGCGCGCCAAGCGGGCUGCCGAGCAGGGCGGCAGCAGCCAGAUGAGCUUUGGCGGCGAGGAGUGGCGCGGCCUGGGCGAAGGCGUGGACCGGAUCAACCGUCUGACGCAGCGCAAGAGCGGCGGCGGCGGUGCAGCCGGCACGCGCUCGAUGCUAGACAAGAGCCGCAAGCGGGGCAUCGACACGAUCGACGGACCCCGGGCCAGCGGUGCCGGUGCCGGCCACGAGGACAGCAUGGUUGGUGGACGGUUCCAGAAGAAAUUGCGGCUGCACCAGGUGGGCCGCCGCGACCGUGGAAAGAAGUGA